CUCAAAACUGCCCUAACGCGAAGAAAAAGAAGAAGAAAACAGCAUGCUCGUCAGCGUGAGUGAAAUUUGCAGUUGAACGGGCAAGGGACAGACGAGACAAACCAACCAGCAAUGCUGUCGGUAAAUCUCCUGCGCACAUUACGAGGCUGCGGUGUUCCGCGGUCGUUCUCGAGCCUCCGGCCGGCGGCGUUGACAUACUCUGCGCGGCUCUCCGUGUCCGGUGUCAGAGGAGAGCAACCGCUAACGCUCCACGCUGUCACAAGGUCAUUCCCCAUCUUACACAAGGUGCAGUCCUACUGUCCGUCCAUCCGCUGUCUCUCCACGGCGCCCCACUCCAGUCAGGGGAACCUCAUUUACUCUGGCAGCCUGGGCAGUUCUAUUCGGGGGGUGAAGUUUUUUUCUUACAGCACCACUGGGGCCAGCCUCGUCAUCAUGCCACAAAUCCUCCUGAAAAGUGGAUUAGGAGUCGAGAGCCUUGCCCUCCAGGUCGCUUUCUGCGUAGUUAUCGGCUUCUUUACUUUCCUCACUCCCGUCCUUCUCCACCUCAUGACCAAAAACUAUGUGGUCCGCCUGUACCACGACGACGCCAGAGACACUUACACUGCCAUCACCUACAGUUUCUUCCUCACUGAAAAAAAGUCUGUGUUCCACCAGAGGCAGGUCAGGAUUCCAGGUAUCAGCAAGAUGUUCACCACUUUCUAUGCUGGCAAUGUCGGAUUCCUGGUAAACCCGGACUUGUUCCCCAUCCCACAUGACUACAACCAUCUAAUGGGUUAUGAUAAGCCCUUCAGCUUUAGCACAGAUGACAUGGACCAACCUGACAAGAGCUGAAAGACUGACUGUGAACGUGCUGAAUAUGAGAAUGCUAGUAUACCUCCAACUCCAAACUGGACAUACACGCUGCUUUUACCUGGUGGAAACAACAUGGCAAACAAAAAAAUUCUUCCCUAGAAGUCCAGAUGUUUUUUGUCAAUAAAUUGAUGGUUAUUUAGUGUUAAUAAAUUAUGACUUUAUUACCAUGA